UUUGGAGAGCCCUUCUCAGAAAACCCUGGGGUUUAUGAUCUGGGGUUUAGAUCCAGAGGCCAGGAUGGGACAGAGCUUAUCCGGGGUCACAUGCUGAUGCACAGAAAGUUCACAGAGCUGGAAAGGACAGGAGAGGAGUCUAAAGAGCACAGAGCUUGCCCAUCUGUAGAAUGGGAUAAGAACCCCUGCCUGGAAGGAUCACAUGGAAAUAGAACGAAGCCACCAACCCGGGAGCUGCUGGUGGAGCUCGGUGAUUUGGGAGCUGUUUGUCUCUGGCUCCUUCCCUGCUGCUGUGCAGUUGGGCGGGAGAAAGCAGCACCACAUGCAUGGUAGGGGCCUGGCGCAUGGGUAUGCUCGAAGUGCGCUGUGAGCUUCGGAGUGGGGCGGGUUAUUUGUUUACACAGCAGAUACCUGGACCCCUUUUCCGACCACUGGUUCUCGAUCCACAGGCGAGGAGCCUCUGAACCUGCUGGACGCCCACACCCCCAGACAGCUUAAAGUGUACCAGUAACUUAAUGGCGGGAUAAAAAGCACCACAGGGACACACACGGCCCUGUGAAGGGCUCUGGCCAGACGGAGCAGGGCCGCCCCUGUUUGGAGAACAGUGGACUUUGGAGGAUGAGCAGAAGGGGACCAAGGCGGGUCCAGAAUGAAGCAUUCCCGGAGGGCUACACCUGGCCAGCAGUCAUCAGACCGCUACAAGCACACCUGGAGGUUCUUUGCAUCCAAUUUUCAUAGGCGAUACUGCUCACUCAAAGCCAUUCAGGGACAUUCCUUACAACACUGGAGCAGAAAAGCCUGUGUGCGGUCUCUCUCUCACCCGGCCGGAGCACGCCAUCUCCUCCCUGCAUUGAGACUGGAAGCCUGCCAGCCCCACAGCCUGCUUUCCAGGGCCCAGGUCUGUGCUGGACUCUUCUGGAGAAAGGAAGAGUGGAGGCUGAAGACAGAAAGAGACACAGCCGAGCUGCCCGAGCUGCAUGCGGGACCUCUGCCCACCCCUCUCCUGCGGCUGCAUGAUGGUCAUCGGAAGGGCCAUGACUGGGCAGGGAGGACCUGUCACCUCCCCUCCGUGGACUCCCUCCUCUGCUGCACAGCACCAGGUUAAAAGGAGGCUGUCAGAGUGGAGCCAGUCUGACCGACACCCUUAUAAGGAGAGAUUCGCAGACACCAGGAAACACCAGGGAGGACACAGCAAGCAGCUGCUCAUCUGCAGGCCAAGGAGAGGCCUCAUGGAGUCACACCGCACACCAUGUUCUGGGACUUGGGCCCCCUGAGCAGUGAGAAAAUACAUUUCUGUAGUUUAAGCCAACAGCCUGCAGUGUUUUGUUAUGGCAACCCUAGAAAAGUAAUAUACAGAGUCUAGAAAACAAUUUGUUGAUGAAGGGUUAAUGACACAGUAAGAUGACUGACCAGUCAGGCACCAUGCAGUGGGAACUGUAAGAGAGCCUGGGACUUCAAGACAGAUUUCCAUUAGGUGAGAUACUUCAAGAGGGUGGGGGAAGGAGGGAAGGACAGGAGCCCAUUAAGGGUUUAAUAAAACGCAUAAAGGAAGCAACGACAGCAGAUUAAAAUACAUUUCAGUGACUUGCUUAUCAAAGUGAUAAUCUCUGC